CGGGGAUCGGCGCUUGCGCCGCUACGAUCGCAGCCCCCUGUUCCAACUUCCCGCCACGCUGACGCCGGGGUACCGUGACCGGUUUGCAGCAGGUGUCUAUGUGAAAGACUCUUUGUUCACUCCAUCUGGCUGCUGGCACGUCCGCAUCACUGCAUGCAGCCUGCCGCAGUCCUCUCAUCAUCCUCCACGUUUCCGCCAUUACCGAACUAGGACGCAUCAGUCUCGCCUGCGACUAUGGCGCUAGGCUCAAACUCUGUCUCUAUCUCUGCCCUUCGCCAGUCAAACCACGACGAACUCUCCAUGGACGACGAGGAGAUUGAUCAACUAGAUUCCGGACUGAACUCGGAAGAGGAGAUGGACGAGUUGGAGGAACCUGUCGCAUCGUCCAGUAGGGCGCGUCCGAAGAAAACGGGGGACCGUGCCCCAGGCCACACGCUCAUACCCUCCGCACGUGUGGAGAACAUAUUAGAGGGCAGCGAAGCAGGAGCCCACUUGUCGAAGGAGGCUCUGUACAUGCUGUCUGUCGCCACGGAAGAAUUUGUGAAACGACUUGCGCACGCCGGACAGCGUAUGGCCGGAAGGGAGGCACGGCAACUCGUGUAUUACCGCGAUGUUGCGUCUGCCGCUCAAAAGCACCACGAAUUCAACUUUGCUCAAGACGUGAUACCCGCGCCAAUGUCGCUCGCAGAAGCUCUCGGGCGAAGAGCAGCAAGAGAACAAGAACUCGCGGAUACCGACCCAGCAAUAGCUCCGCCAGUAGACCCCUGGGCCAUCCCGCCACCAUUGAGCGACCUGUCAGUUUCCGAGGCGCCUUCCGCCGCGGGUAGUACUUCCAGUACCAGGACCAAAAGCAGGACCAGACAGCCCCACGUCAAUGGCAACGAGGAGGCUGAUGGUUCGUCGGCCUCUGCGCCCGUCAUCAGCAGGUCACGCCAGCGGGAUGCGAGCGGCAGAUAUAGUAUGGGCACCAAUGGGAGACCGAGCGAAGGCAGAAGCGUGAGCGCGCGGCCAUCGGUGGGCACACGGCCAGGCAGCUCGCGCAUCCGAGAGCGGGCGUCCCGGACGUCGGAGGGCGGGGGAUCUGUGUCGGUCGGUAGCUCCCCGCCGGCGAACGGGGCUCCAUCUAUCUCGAGGGGAGGCAUGGGCCCGCCUGCUCCUCCGCGACCGUCGUCUUCGCUGAGCAACCGUGCGCAGUCACGGGGUGAGGAUGGCCGUUCGGGGGGCUACGCGGGACCUCCGAACGGCUUCAUGGACGACCACCGUCUCAUGAAUGGUGGUAGUAGAGGGACUGGCAUCGCAGAUGCACCGGGCCGGACGAUAUAUUCCGCACAGCGGGCGACCCAGUCGAACAGAUAGCCCAUAUACCCACCACUUCGGCGGCACGCCGAAUACCACUCGUGUCUGUAUCUGGCGCUACAUGUUGUUACCGUACUUGUGUUGUAAUGCCCAUGUCGUUGUGCGCCUUCCAGAGUCCCACCUCUAAGUGCUCGUCAUUGUGAGACACCUCUGUGUAGUAACCGAAUGUCGUGGUGGACGCGUCGUGCUCCCCGCGGACGCGUCCGCCGUCUCCUC